AUGGAGGAGACCAAUAACGCUACAACGGAAACAUCAAGACUGACAAGAGUUGCUUACAUCCGCACCAUCCUAGACAAAAAGACUACCGAAGAACUUACCGAAAAUGACAGGUUCAAUCUAAACUCAUGGCUCUGUACGUGGGUUGGGCAAAACGUCCCUUGGGAUCCAUGGGGUAGUGGCCGCAAAAACCGUACAAAACCUCCACCAGACCUUCUUCAUCGCUACAUUCUCGGAUACUCUACCGGUGCAGAUUCUUAUAUCCUGGAUUGGCUUCUUAGAAAUUCUGAACCAAAGUACGCCAGGUUGUCUCGGUCUGACUUUACGGUCUAUCUUUCUGCUACUCAGAUGAAUGACCCAAACAACAAAGACCUUCUCCAACGAUUUGCAUCAACGAAUGUGACAAUCAAGAAAAUCACAAAUCCAUCGGAGUAG